UCAUGCUGCUGCCAGGUCCACAGUGUCUCAUGGGUCCCUGAACCGCCUCCCAUUGCUGCUGUCUCCAUCGCCACACUCUGCCAUGUGCCACUUUCAGGUCUCCUCACACUGCUGGUGUGUUACAUUUUUUGUCAUAGGGUGCUGGCAGAUUACGGGCCUCCCAUUGCUGCUGCCAGGCCCGUAAUCUGCCAUGGGCCCCAGUACCGCCUCCUCAUGCUGCUGCCAGGUCCACAGUCUCUCAUGGUCCCCUGUACUAGGCCUUACCCAUUGAUGCUGUCUCCUCCCACACUCUGCCAUUGUUCCCACUUUCAGUCUACUCCACACUGCGUCUGGUUGGUGUUCCAUUUGUUGUCAUAGGGGUUGCUGGCAGAAAUUACGGGGCCUCCAUAGCUGCUGCCCGUAGUCCCAUACUCUGCCAAUGGCCCCAAUGUACCCGCCUUAUCCUCAUGCUGCUGCCCAAAGGUUCCACAGUGUAUCAUUGGUCCCUGAUAAGGCUCCCCAAUCUGCUGCUGUCUUUC